AUGGUUGGCCGUCCCAAGUCGCUAGCCCAGCGGCAACAGGAGGCAAAGCGUGCUCAUGAAGCGUUGAUGUCACGUGCAGUCGAGGCCUACCGUGCUGAGCUCGAGAAGCCAGACCAUCGUGCCCGUCGAGGGCUGCGCACUAUCUGCAAAGAUUUCGAACAGCUUUACUUCGAGGAGACCGGAGAUCGAAUCCGUCUCAGUCAUAUGACCCUUAGUCGACUGGCUGAUGGUGGGCUAACUCGAGUCCAGGCCAAUGCCACCCGUUCAUGGCUCUCGAAGGGUGAAGAAGAUGUUGUCGUCGAAUUUAUCCUGGACAUGGCUGCACGUGGAUGGCCACUCAAGGAGCAUGUCGAUAUGAUUUGCCAUGCCCGCAAACGCAAGAACUUCCCAGUCGAGGGUGUGGGUCAAAACUGGACCACACGCUUUGUGCAGCGACACUCCGACCGUCUCAAGAUGAAAGACUCUCACCCUCUUGAGGACAAGCGAGGCCGUGGUGCCAAUCCGACAGCCAACAAGCAGUACUGGGCCCUACUCAACGAGACGAUCAAGAAAUACAACAUCCGGCCUGAGACCACCUUUGGAACUGAUGAGAUCGGCAUACAGAACCGCGGCGAGGAAAGCGAGCGCGUCAUUGCUCCAGCCCAUGGAAAGGGGCCACAAUAUCAGCAACGUGGUGGGACUCGCGAAAACACCAUCUGUGCUGACGGCACAGCUAUUCCUCCUACCGUUAUUUUCAAGGGUGAGGCCCUCCAAGUUGGAUGGGGUGACAAUAACCCUCUAAAUGCGACGCUUGGCUACCAGAAGAAGGGCUGGACGGACGGAGAGAUCGGUGCAGAGUGGAUCAAGAUCUUCGAUAAGGCAACAAAGGACAAAGUCAAGCAAGGAGAGUAUCGCCUUCUCUUGGUCGAUGGCCACAAUUCUCACUAUACUGUCGCCUUCCUGCUUUAUGCACGUGAACACCUUAUCCUCGUCAUUUGCUAUCCUUCUCACACCACCCACAUCUAUCAGGGGCUUGACGUCGUGAUAUUUGCGGUCUUGAAGCGCUGCAUUGGUGAGGAACGGGACGGAUGGCUACGAAAGUAUGGGAUUGCGAUGGAUAAGAAGAAUUUUCUCGAGAUCUACAGCAGGGCACACGUGCGAGCACUCACCGAGGACAACGUCAAGGCAGCAUUUCGCAAGACUGGUGUGUGGCCAUUCAACCCCGAUGUCGUUACUCCUGACAUGCUUGCUCCUAGCAAGGAAACUUCGUCUGAAGCUACCUUGCCGCUCGUAUCAACCGACCCAGCCAUCAACGUUCUUGCGACCAUGUUCCGCAAGCUGGCCGUAUCAUCUGACGUCGAAUCUGGUACAAUCUCCGAGGUACCUCCAUCUGGAAGUGGCACCAAACAUGCGGCGAUCAACGAAGCGGUUGCUGCCCAAUCUCAUGACACAAACAGCAAGCUUGCAAGCCGGAACAUUGAGCUCCAGGCGAACAAUCUGCUCAACGAGGUGUACUGUGGCAAAGCGAAAUCUCAGCUUCAGCAUCAGGAAGAGAAGAAGAAGGGUGGACGCACUGGGAAGGAGACACUCAAGGCCGAUGGUCUGGGCCGUCUUCUAACUGGGGACGAGUUUUACGAGGCACGGCAGGAGCAUGAGAAGCGCAAACGACUUGAGGCGCGGGACAAGGCUGAGAGGAAGGACGCCCGAGCUGCAUAUCAGGCAGCGAAGGCAAAGUGGGACAAGGAGGAAGAGGGGCGGAAGGCGCUCAAGGAACAGGAGGCCGAGAAGCACAAGAAGGCUGUGGCAGCGUGGGAGAAGGCGAAGACAAGAGCAAAUGCACGUGUCCCCCCACCGAAGUUGAAGGAUUUUUUGGGUGGUUCAGCGGCAGAGUCGAGCGAGGAAGACGAGGAUACUGACGAGGCCGAGUAG